UCUCUCUCUCUCAAAAAAACAAAUGCACUCUUCAAUUCAGCAAGCCCUAAAAAAUGGCCAUCUUCUACCCCAUCGACACCACAGCACCUCCUUCAUCGUACCGACACCACACUUCUCCAACCCUCCAUCUCCGCCGAGUCACCCCGUCUCCGGUUGGCUAAUAGAGUGAAAGAGCAGUGUCAUAGAGCUAUACAAGCUGAAAAGACAUCUAACCCUAAGAAAAGUGUAAAGUGGGAUGCUGAUUUGUGCUUUAUUGAUGAUUAUGAUCGUGUUUUUAGAAAUUGUCUUAAGUUAACAAAAUUAGAGAUGAACAGAGUUUAUAAUCUCAGGCUUGAUGAUGGGUCUCCACCAGCAACAAUCUAUGAGAAUAUGUGGGAUUUAACACCUGAUACAGAGUUGCUAAUGGAAUUGCCUGAAGAGUACACUUUCGACUUCUUCAAUAGCCGCCUGUCACCACCAUCACCCUCAGCCUUCUUCACCACUCUGAACAACAGCCGUCGGUGCACCCUCAUCCGCACCGGAAUCGGCCGUCGACCACCGCCUACUCCGCAGCCCAACUUCUCCACCUUCAAAUCACCUCCAAUACCGGAAACCCUUCUCGCCGCCCUGAAUUACCACCGCCCACCCCUACCUCUCGCCGUCGGAUAUCCAACCGGCGGUCGCCUUUAAUCAGCUUGAUGCAGAAUAUGUUGAAAUCAAAACGGAAAUAAUUUUUGCUUCUGAAUGUUUUGGGUCUAAUGUCUGGAGACCAUUACGCACAUGGACUAGGAGUUGUUUUUUUUAUUGGUUGUUUUAGUACCUUUUUAUUUAUGUCUUGUAAUUUCUUUC